UCAUGUCAGUCUGUGCAUCUCGCCUGACAUCUUUCUUUGUGCAAUCUCUGUGUGUUAGCUCGUCAGAAAUCCCGUUAUUUCACCGCCGUAACUUAUUUAACAAAGGUAUUAUUCAUUCGGGAGUGUCGGUCGCGGUCAACGAAGCAAAUUAGCACGAUCGCGCCAGCGUUCAGUGACACCGUGCCAACGUUUUAUUCGUUACAAUUUUAUCGAUUUUAAUUCUUCCCAAAAGAAAGAAUUGGUUCCAUGCUGUUUCUCUGUUAAAGCAGUCGUUUGACUGGCUCUCGAGCAACAUUUUUCGUGUGAGAGUAUAUCCCAAGACAGAGCCGUGUCUUGGGGGAAAAGCACCCCGGGCACUACGGUGGCCCCAGAUACUCCAUCACCAGCACCCCAGCCGCCAGGGGUGCUGGAGAUGACCGGAACGGAUAACAUCCGGUUCAGCGGGCACACAUUAGACAAGGCCACCAAAGCUAAGGUCACGCUCGAGAACUUUUACACCAAUCUUAUCUCGCAGCAUUAUGAGCGGAAGCAGAGAUUGGAGAAGCUAGAAGAGUCGUUGAAAGACGACAGCCUCUCCGAAAGCCAAAAGCAAGAAAAACGUCAACAGCAUGCCCAAAAGGAAACUGAAUUCCUUCGCCUCAAACGUUCGAGACUCGGUGUUGAGGAUUUCGAGCCGCUAAAGGUUAUAGGAAGAGGUGCCUUCGGCGAAGUAAGACUUGUGCAGAAGAAAGACACCGGACACGUUUACGCCAUGAAGAUACUGCGGAAAGCCGAUAUGCUGGAGAAAGAACAGGUGGCUCACGUUCGAGCCGAACGGGAUAUCCUGGUAGAAGCCGACCACCAAUGGGUGGUGAAGAUGUACUACAGUUUCCAAGACCCCAUGAACCUGUACCUCAUAAUGGAAUUCUUGCCGGGCGGCGACAUGAUGACGUUGCUCAUGAAGAAGGACACCCUAAGCGAGGAGUGCGCGCAGUUCUACGUAGCGGAAACUGCACUGGCCAUCGACAGCAUACACAAAUUGGGCUUUAUACAUAGAGACAUAAAACCCGACAACCUAUUAUUAGACGCUCGUGGACACAUAAAAUUGAGCGACUUCGGUCUGUGCACGGGUUUGAAGAAGAGUCACAGAACGGACUUCUACAGAGAUCUGUCCAGGGCAACGCCCUCAGAUUUCAGUAAGUUCCUCACAUUAUCAACAUCGUCGUCAGCGAUGGAUUCGAAGCGCAGGGCCGAAUCGUGGAAGCGGAACCGAAGGGCAUUAGCUUACUCGACCGUCGGUACUCCUGACUACAUAGCUCCCGAAGUAUUCCUUCAGACUGGGUACGGCCCUGCAGCGGACUGGUGGAGCCUCGGGGUCAUUAUGUACGAAAUGCUGAUCGGCUACCCGCCGUUUUGCUCCGAAUCACCCCAGGAGACGUACAGAAAAGUGAUGUCCUGGCGUGAAUCCUUGACUUUCCCCCCCGAGGUUCCCAUCAGCGAGGAAGCGAGAGAGACGAUAUUGCGUUUCUGUUCGGAACCCGAUCGCAGAUUGGGAUCGCAACGCGGCAUAGAAGACGUAAAGUCGGUGUCCUUCUUCCGCGGCGUCGACUGGUCGCACGUCAGGGAGCGGCCGGCGGCUAUAUCCGUGGAAGUACGCUCCAUAGACGACACGUCCAACUUCGACGAUUUCCCGGACGUGAAGCUCGAGAUACCUGCCGCACCAACCAGCCAAGAAGGCGAAGUAGCGUACAAGGAUUGGGUGUUCAUUAACUACACGUUCAAACGUUUCGAAGGCCUCACCCAGCGCGGGACGCCCACAAAGAAAUGAGGCCGCGAACCGUUCAAGCCACUCUCGCCCUAGUGUAAAUUGAUAUAAGGAUCAGUAUUGUCCGAUCUUAAUUAUUAUUUUCGACGUUAUGUCAACGUUUAAAACUCAUCCUCUUGUCAUUUCGUAGAUUUAGGAUGAUGUAUGUAUCGUAGGUUUUGUUUGAAAAGAAAUGAGGAAUUUUAGAUUUUAUUUUUCGUUUUCUGUCUUCCUUUUCUUUUUUUAAAGCUGUGAUUUUUUUUUUGUGCGAUUUUAAGUCACGUAUGUUUGUGUAAAACUAAAUUAUUAUGUAUGAAUUCACCUGAAUCUAUACAAAAAAACCGCGGUUUGUCAUAAGUGCGAAUUUAAUUGAGGUAAAAGAAGUUUAAACGAUCAUAUCCAAGCCGUAUACACAGUAACAUGUAAAAUGAAUAAUAUACUUAAUAAAAUGAAUAUAACAAAAUAUUCUUAUAUUGAUUUACACUAAAUAAUAAUUACGUUAUCAUAACUCUGCCCUUAAAGAGAAUUAAGAAUUUGAUUUUUAAGCAAAAACUUAUCCGGGAGAAUACCUAAAGCCCGUUAAGCAUAUACUCAAUAAUAUACAAUAGUUUUUAUUGUACCAAACAUCAAUUUUUGUAAUCACUUCAGGUUUAGUAGAUUGAAUCGUGACGUCACAACUACGAAUGCACUGCUAACUCUGUUGCAAAAACCAAAUAAGUUUGGACUCUGAUUUUUUUUUUAAUGUACCCCGUAGAUCGGAAUCCAAUUUGUUACACCAUUUGUGAUCGUCAAGCGCUCACCUUAGAGUGAGAUAGAAUGAGUGAUGAAUUAUAAAGAGUGAGAUAGAUAGAAAGUUUCAUUUCGGAUUUCGACAGCAUGACUAGAAAGGCUUGAAGUACAAACAUUCACUAACAGAGUUGGUUUUUUAUAAACAUAUUUCGUAACAAUAGGAUAAUAUAUCUAGAGAGAACACCGUUAUGAAUUAUUAUUAUUGUUAUUGCAAUCGUUUAUGAGUUUGAAUGCGUCACUGUAUAACAUAAAUUAAAAUAUAAAUAAUAUUUAACAGAAUAAUAUUGAAGUGAUUACACGAAUGGUGGGAAGAUUCAUUUAUGUUCCUAAACGAGGAAUUAUCGAGCGUUAUUCGCUUGUAAAAAGUUUUUUGCGUGUGUAAAGUAUAUUUAUAAAUAUUAUACAUACCCGCACUGGCGAUAGUAUUAAAGAGCUUUUGUAAUACUUUGAAAAUAAUUUAGAACAAUACACCACAGCAGUAUUCAAAUCGUUUAGAAUUACGCUCAAGCAUUUUACCAGCGCCGGUGCGUUCGUUUUGUUUUUUUUUUAUUUUUUAUUUAUGUUUUCGUAAAUGUCGCUUGUCUGUCGUUUCCAAUUUCGCUUGCAUACUGUUUGAUUAGUGUGAUCGUUGGUCCCGCCUAUUGUUUUUGUCGCAGACAUCAAUGCAGCGUGUGAAAUAAUGAGAUAUAAUAAUGAAGUUCUUCAUUAUUUAUUCAUGUCCCACGAAAAGCAUAAUGAGUGGUACUUGUACAAGAAAUAGGGUGAACUGUAUAGUAAUUUGGAAUCUAAUGUUAAAAUCUAGAAAAAAUUAUAAGCACUGUAAAUUAGAUACAUAAGGCGUUUUAUUCACUGUUCAUAGUGACAAAACAAGUUAUCGUUAAAAAUAAUCAUAAAAAAAUUCAAAAACAAGGGCAAAUUUUUUAUAUUAAAAUCGAUGUUGAGUUGUAGAAUACUAAACAAGUAUACAUAGAUUGUGCUAAUAAUACUUUAGUUUACCCUACUUCACAUACAUAAUAUAUAAAUUAUAGAAUGUAACGUUGCUAUUGUAAUUUCUUGUAGUAUGAUUAAAUUGUAAAGAUUUUUAAUUCAAUUCGAUUCAUAUAACAAGAAAUUCAGCAUGUUUUCUGCUACGACCAACUUUCAAUUUCACUCAAAGCAUUGUUAGUCUUGCGAAUAUUAAAAGAAAGAACCGAGAUGCUUGCCAAAAAAGUUCCUUGUAAGUGUUGCCAGUACAGUAGACGGGUCCUAACGAUGUUGCCACAUUACAAAAUAAUACAUAAUAAAAGCUGUGAAUUCAAGGGGCUGUGAACGUAUGGCAUUAUAAAUUGAAGCGAUAAAAAAAUUAUCAGUUAAACUUAGACCAGGAAGCAUGAGAUUGGUAUAGACAAUGUGAAACUUCGGACUGUUUUGUUCAAUACAAUCGUCAUUUUUCAAUUUUAAUGAAUUUGUUUAUUAUAGCCUGCACGCAUAUAGCACUACGUCUUAUAAUGAACAAAAAAGCAUGCUUCGAUAAAUGCUCGUUCUCUAUGCUCUGUAUGUAUCUAGUGUGUGCAAUAUUUACAUUACAUUAAUAUGCACUGAUAAAUUUAAUAAAAGUUAAUACUUUACUAAUUUAAACUAUGUAUUUAAAUAUAUAUUUUUCAUUACUAUGCAUGACUUUUCCACUAUCGAGUGUUUUAGAGUAUAUAUAUAUAAAUUGGAUCAGAGAAUUUAAUAAAAUAAUACAUAUUAUAACUAGAUUCGAAUAGAUAUUUAGUUGUGAUAGUGAAAAAGUUCACAAAUGAAAUGAAACAAUAAAUUUUGUCGAUUAAUUAAUUUAAUAAUAAGCAACACUUAUAGUUUGAUCGUCACCAGGUUAGGUGUAAAAUUCGAGGUGAAUAUUUUAAUGGAUUUUGAAAGUAUAUUCGGUAAAAGGGAGUUUGUUAACAAACUCUUAGUAUUUUGUUCGUAGAUAAAUGAAUCUCUUGUUUUUGGUCAUGAUGGUUUACGUUAUUAAAUAUCAUAAAAUUAUAGCUCUUGUUGGCUUAUGCUGCACUAACUUUCUGGUUCUGAUAUGUUGCAUAAACAAUUUUCUGAAAUCGUGUUCGAAACAUUCAGUGUUUUCCCUCGCUUCGAGAAGUUGGUAAAAUAGUCUAUAGCUGUGUAACACGGAGCAUGGAACUAAUUUCAAACCGACUUCCAUAGAUCACGGCCAAAAGCCAUUCCGAUGUAACUACACAAUGCUAGACUAGAUGACGCCACUUCAUUUAUAUCAGAGCAAUAUAGUAGUGAUUGCUUCAAAUACAAGAUCAAAGGAACAGUUAUUAAUAAGAAGAAGGCACUGACAGAAUGGGAUAUAAAAAUACAGAAUGCAGGUGGUCGAAUUUACUUGUGCUUACGUUGGAGAUUGGUUGGCGGCUCUGAGGGAAUGAAACAGAUUCGCGCGGCAGUUAUAAAUGACAAGAAUGAUUAUGUUUUAAGAUAACAGUGAAUUGAUUUAUAAACAUGGUAUAGACCGCUCGUUCAGAAAUACUUAUCCUAAACGCACGAUGGCAAUACAAUUAACAAUAAAAUAUUAUAAUAAUUAUAAAAUACACUGAUUGAAGCUGAAUUAUAAAAACGAAAUUCGCAUUGUGGCAAAGGUUUGAUAAACAAAAAAAAUUAAAUAAUUUUUGUCGGUUUUUCUUGCCCUAACAAACUUACUCGGAAAAAGUACGGUCAACAGUUAAAAGGAUGCCGCAAAAAUAACAUUGUCAAAGUGAACCUAAACUACUUGCUUGAUGAAUAGUUGUUUCAAUCAUUCGUUAUCAUUCGAUGAGUCACAUAGUUGAAGUGGUCAAUAUCUUAACAAAUAUAUUGUCUUUAAUCUUAAUAACACCGUACAUGUAAUUGAAAUGGUUUUAUCUAGCAUAGACGAGGAGCUUUUUAUAACUGUAUUAAAUUCCCAAAAAAAAGUAUAGACUUUAAGUAAAUUAGCCCAAAACUUGGCGGGCAAAUAUUUAAGACUUUUCUUAUUAGGCUUUAGGUAUUGUACAAAUUACUAGAUUUUAUGAGCCUAACAAUACAGUUACCCGUUUCAGAGAUUGACAUUUCUUCUAUAUUACACGUAGUAUUUAGGUUAGGAGAUCGAACACAAGAAAAAUACUUCACAUAGAUACAUUAAAAUUUUAGAUGUCACAAAACAUAUAUUUGUGUGUCUUCUGAAUUGAAAAAAAUACGCAAAAAUAAAAAUAAAAUGCUAAAUUUGUGAACACCAUUGUGGAAUAAUAGCAAUGUUGCCUAACAAGGUGUUUAAUUCUAGAAGAGGUUACAAAUAAUAAUAUCAUUUAAUUAUAAUAACAAUAAACAAUAUAAAAUAAUUCAUGUAGUAUUUAUUAUGUGAAGUAUUUUGACGAGUGGCUGUGACUCAUUUAUAAAAACUGAUUUUUGAUUCGAAAUUGUUGUGCCUAAAUUCUCCCGAAUCGUCAGCCGCGUUUUAAAGUGUUCAGAUAAUAUAUUUCUAUUUCUAUUUUCAUCAGAUAAAUAACAAAACGAGUACAAUUCGUUCUCUCUCAAUUAUUAACGUUCCGUCCUUUGAUUGCAUUAAAUAAAAUACAUAUUAUCGUACUUUAUUUAACAGAUUGAUACAUAAUAUAAUUUAUUUACACGUAUAAAUUUAUUACUAUACACACUAUUUAAUACUUUUCUCUACACUUCCUAUAAUCUAAGGCUUUUCUAUAGCGAUUUUCGCACGUGAUGAUUUGAAGUUAUUCGAUGGUGCCGUCAAUUUCCUAAUUGGAACAUAUAGAUGGCGCUGCAAGAUAAAAUAGUUAAUAGACUAUAAUUCAUUUUGUCGCGGUACGGUUUUGGCAUUAAAAAUAUAUACAGCUUGGAUAUGAAUCACGCGACCUCUAUCCCGUGCUACGGGUCCGUAUGGUUAUGAUAAAUCAGGCUGUACAUUUACUAAUGCAAACGUAACACGACUAAGCUUUCUAAAUUCCGUACUCUACGAAUUGAGGAUGUUUUAAAAUUCAAUAAGCAUUUAAUAUUUAGCCUUCGAAGACAGACGAGCAUGCAGGUCACUUUAUGUCUGGUAGUAUUCGUUGCUCGUGGAUAUUAGCAAUGCCAAAGGCGCAAGCAAGCCGCAGCCUACUGAGAGGAUAGUGCUUAACAAAAGAAAAAUGUUGAAAACGCUCAACUGAUAAAUGCGUGAUUUAAAAUAGUAGAAGCUGUGUGUAGAUAUAGUGGAAUGAAAAUGACGGAAUUAGAAAUCUAAACAGAUAAUUCCCAGUGGAACAUACGGUAUAAAAAACAGACGGCACUAAAGUUUCUGCAGUCGCAGAGAUAUCAAACGAUACCGUGAGAUCAAGAUUAGCGACAUUCGAACCGUCAUUUUUUGUAUGAAAUCAAAUAUGAACAGGAAAAGCUCAGAACCAAGAACACAAGCCGCUAGGCCGCCCUCGUGCUUUGUAAAACAUCUGUCAGACUGCGUGACGAAUUGUGCGCACUAUUGAGGAUGUCCAAAAAUGUUUAACUUGGCUGGUUCUUGCCUUUUCAGUGACGCCGAUACUCUGUGCUUAGUGCGAGUCUUUUAAACUUACUCGAUAGCGUAAACGUUAACUCAAAUUUGAAUGGAGUAUUAGUAUGGGAACGUUUGCCCACGUUUUCCGCUAGGGGCGCUUAUUUAUUUAUUUAUUUAUCGUAUGGCAUUCGUUUACACUGCAUGGUUAUAAUUUAAAUUUACAGUUUGUGAAAUAAUCGAUAGCUUCUUCUGUUAAAUUUUUGAGAGGCGCUGCUCCAACUACAUACAAAUUUGAGUUAACUGUUACGCUAUCGAAAACGUUAAAAAACUCGCACUAAACACACUGAACACCGUUCGAAAGAUCAACCUAAAACGCUAAAACCCUCUGAAAGCUACAGGGAUGCUCGUUGGAAUUGCCGCGCCACACAUAGACCCCUCGCAGCUUAGACGCUGUUACGUAGCGAGCAAUGUUAACCACAUUCACCGCGUUAACUAAUCGCAUACACUUAGGAACAAGACAGGAACAUGCUUUUGUGGCGCAUUCGUUAUCUAUGUAUAUUAAGACAUACUAGUUCAAGCUGCUGGCCCGGACUACGACAAUUCCUUGCUACAGAAUGACGGUUUCGUAGUGUCCAAAUCAUGAUGUUUCACUCUGAUGUUAGAAUAAUGCAAAAAUAAAUGCGUUAAAUUAUGUUUGCAUCAUACGUUUGAUUCUGCUUAGAUUACUUGUAUGUGCGUGUGAUUUUCUGCUUAAGCCGCCCGACUUUUUUCGUUACGGCUCCGUCUGACGAAAUUCUAGGUCGAAAACGCAUUUCAAUCGGGCCCAAGGUAUUCAUACAAAAAAGUUUAUUUUGAAUAGGGCCUGAGAUUAAAACGAAAUGAAAACAAAAAAAAAACGCUACGUAUUAAGAUGAUAGUUAAAUAAUAAAUAAUAGUAAACAUGGAUAAGUAUUUCUGAUAAUUUGAUUGCAUACGUCAGAUAGAUUUGUGUUUUAGUAUUAAUCAAAUGAGUGAAAAAUAAAGGUUUCAUUUUAAAUUUUGGAAUUGGAAAAACAUACUUAUGUUUUAUUUUCAUUUACAUGAUAAUAUUGAGCGAUACAUAUUAAAAUAAAAAUUCAAAGACCACUUAUAAUAAGCUAACUUUAAAAUAAGCAAAAAAAUGUUUUUUUUUCUUUUCUUACACUGCUUAGCUCGAUCUUAGUAAGUUUAAAUCACAGAAUGACAGUUUAGUGGUGCCGAAAUUACGCUCCUUCUGUAAGUGCCAAAUGAUUUCGCUUAUGAAUAAAAUGUCGUCAUCGCCUUUGCUACAGACUAUGUCAGUGUCAUUGUGAUGUUUAGUACGAAAUGCUUACUCGUCCAGCGAUUACCAGGAGGAGUUACAUUUAUAACUUUAAUCAUUUUUAAGCUGUUUUUGUAUUUCAAUCAUUCGGUAUGACUUAGUCUACUUACAACAAAAAUUGAUCAAACAUGGUAAAUUUGUAAGCGGAAGAGUCGCAAAACUGAUUUUGAAAAAAACGGGAAAAUGUAAAAACUAGUGCAAAAUAUUAUAAAUGUGUUCAGAAAUUAACUUAGAAAUUAAGACGCCUCAUGACUAGAGGCUUGCUUACAAAUUCUUAUUACAAAACAAUUUGGCAUUGCUUGAAACAUUAUAAUUUAAAAAUAAUUUCGCUUCAUAUAUUAUUAUCGUUCUUAAGUAUCGAAUAUUGAAUUCAAAUUCAAAUUCAAAAUCCUUUAUUUCAACUUGGAUGUCAUCAAAAACACACUUGUUGAAUGUCAAAAUGUAAAAGAAAAUGUUAACUCUACCAUUGAGUUUUGUUUUUAAUAGUUAAGAAAAAAAUUAAGUAAAACAACAUCUAUAAUAUUACAAUAUAAUAAGUAAUAUACUACAUAAGGCCAUGCAGCAUUCGCAGUUCGGAUUCACACCAGCCACACGGAACACAGUAUAAUAACAGUAUUCUAACUGCCGUCGUAAAUUAAAUAGUAUUGCAUGAUGUACAAGCACUCUCUUUUCUGUACUUCUGUUUUUCUUUUUACUGUUUCUUUUUAUGUUAGAUAGUUUACGUACGUACGUACGGUUUGUAUGGUAAUUAUUAUGUUGAUUUUUUUAAAUAAAUUAUUUUGUGACUUUAAUAGUUUUAGGGUGGAACAAGAUCAGAUGUAAGACAUCGUGUAAUAUUAUUAUACAGUUUACGUGUUUGAUGAUUAUAUUUAUGUUCGACAGUUUGAAUUUACAUAUUGUUUUGAGGCGGGUGUCGUGAGUAUGAAUUACUUUUUCUUUUAGAGUUAAGCGUGUUAAACAGAUGUUAAUCCAACUUAAUGUGCAGACGAGUCAUUUGUGAAUUAGUUAUCCGAUCCUUAAACAAAUAUUCUCUCUCUCUUCCCAGCUAUUUAUCCCACAUGGUGGUGGGGUCAGCUUUCCUGACUUUACUCCUCCACUUCGCUCUGUCUUCGACAUCCUCGUCAGCAACAUUGCAUUCUCUCUUGUCCUUCAGCACUACGUCCCUCCACCUUGUCCUGGGUCUACCUCUAGGUCUCCGACCGGGGAGGUCGAGCAGUAGCGCCAAAUUUCCAACGUAGUCAGGUGGCUUCCUUUUCACGUGACCAUACCAUCUCAUUAAACAAAUAUUGUAGGCGCUAAAUAUUUUUAAGGAAUCGAAACGCAAAAGGAUUUGGUAUUUUUUUAGAAGUUCGAAAUACGCUUUUCUUAUCCAUAUCACAGCGUACUUCAUUUAAAAUUCAAACUGUCGAACGCAAGUCAAAAAUACCCAGAACGACUGUAACAUAAUAUUAUUAUGCCCUAGUACUUUAAUUGUCAUUUUUAGUGAUUUAGAUUUAAACAUUACGUCUUUUUUUUAUACAUUUUAUAUUAAUCAAACAUAUCUAUCGGGUCGAGCGUUAUAAUUAAAUGAUUAUUAAAAAUGAUCAGAUCCCGCUAGUUUCACUGGAAAUAAAUAGAAUUCAUGCUGUAUUUUGAUUUGAAUUUUCUUAUGUCAUUCUAAAAUUUUAAAUCUGUUAAAAUCUGUACUUAUUUGUGUACUGAAAUUUAAGCACACUGCAUAUAAACCACUAUUUUUGAUAUUAUAAAAUAAAUAUGUCACUUUUAUCUGUGAGAGCGAGUGUGUAGAGCGAGUUUUGGAAUAUGGUGUUGGAACUCCAUACAUACAAAUUGAGUCAACUUUUCCGCGAUCCAGAAGUUCAAAACUCACACUAGGCACACUGGUUUCGAUACUGACUUCGCGAUGUGAGGAUUUCAUUAAAUUCAUGUUAGUCGCGCCACACUCGCCGCAUUUAGUCAAGGGUUCCUAGAAGCUUAACUUGGCUUCAGCAAUUGGUCAAUAACUUACACACAUACACACAUACAUAACCUGUUGUUUUGCAUUACAUUUGAAAGCAGUUAAAGUUUCAUUUAGUCAUUUAAUUAGUGAUAAAUUGCAUGCUCUUUUCAUGAAAUCAAUAUCUGUGUUUUAAAUAAUAACAAGGCAGAAAUUUGUUGAAUUGAAAUUAUUAUGAGCAAGAAUUUGAAAUCAAAAUACCGUUUAAUUCUUAUGCCACAGGAGUAUAAUUACUACCAUAAGAUGGUAUUAAAAUUUCUGACUUGUUACUCUUUGGAACUUAGAGAUGUUUGAAAUGAAUUUUCGAUUUUAAUACGUAAUGAAGAUUUUUUAAUUCUUUCAGCAUGUAUUUAUAUGUAUAUUUCAUAAUAUAUACAGUUAUGUUGAUUCAUAACGUAUUAUUUAGUAGGAAUUGCGUUCGUCGUCCAAGUUUAAGUUUUAUUCGUCUUAUAUUAGCUAUUCUUUAGCCUGUUUGCUUUGUUGUUGUUAAAAAAGAUUAAACCUAAUAAUAUUAUGAAUUGUUUAAGGAAACUUAUAUUAGUUUCUUUUUGAAGAAUAUUUUGUGUUAAUACUUUUUUUUUAAUGUUCUACGAUGUGAUUUUAAGAAUGUGGCAAUACGAGAGUUAGCUAAAUAAAGCGAUGUGAAAUUUGC